UUGUAAGGAAGCUCAAAGCCCAAUCUUGGCCCAUUGAACAUUCCUUCUUCCUCCUUUGCAUCUCUGCGUUGCUUGCUUCCUUCCUCUGUUCUGAAGCUCUCAGCUAUGGCGGAAUUUGCUGAAAAGCAGACCACCACCAAUGGAGAACAAGUCGAAGAUGAAGAUUACAUGGGAGACCUCUCUCAGUUUCUUCCUCCAGAAUCCGAAAAUCCUCCGAAAUCUCUAUCCAAAAAGACUUCAAGAAACGAAACCCUAGCGGCUCAACCAUCGAAGAAGAGUAAGAAAGCAAAUGCGUUAAACUGGCAAGAACACCGAAAGCUAGAGAGAGCGCGAAAGCAGGUCGACGAGGACGAGCAAACCCUAGCGAAAACAGAGGCUCCGAUUCCGCAAUCGAACAUAGGGUUCAAGCUGCUGAAGCAAAUGGGAUACACGCCGGGGUCGGCCCUGGGGAGGGAGGGCUCGGGGAGGGCGGAGCCGCUGGGGCUGGAGAUCCGGCGGUCUAGGGCGGGGAUAGGGCGGGAGGAUCCGGAGAAGGAGAAGAGGAAGAUAGAAGCGGCGAAGGCCGAGAUGAAGAGGAAGAGAGACGAGGUGGAGGCGGAGAUAAGGAGGGGGAAUGAGAAAGCUUUAAUGGAGGAUUUCGGGAGUCGGCAGAAAUCGCAGUGGAGGAGUCGGAGAGUGGUGGUUAAUUUUGAGAAGGCGAGGGCGGCUUUGGAUCAGUUGGAGAAUAGGGAAGUUGUGGUUCCGAAGAAGAGUGAGGAUGAUGAAGGAGAGGGUGAAGACGAAGAAGAUGAAGAGGAGGAGAUUACCGAAGAGGAUUUGCAAAAUAUUUUGAUGAAACUGAGAGAACGUAGAUACUGUCUCUUCUGUGGGUGCCAGUAUGAAUCAAUGGAGGCCCUCUUAGCAAACUGUCCUGGAACUGAUGAAGAUGACCACUAAUAAAACUUGACAUUCUGAUUUGGAUAAAUCCAAAAUUUCACCUUCGUUCCACAAUGGCGAUUUUUGAAUUUGAAGUAAUGCACCUCAGAUUUGGAGUUUCACUUCGUAAUUGAAGAUUUUGCAAUAUGCGACUCGCAAGCAAGUGAUCGCCCAUGAUUUGUUAUGCGAGGCCAAAAAAAUGACACAAAAGGUGAUGAGUCAUUGAACUGUUCAAGAAGCAAAUCUUGAUCAAAAAAAGAGGUAGGGAAAAACUCUUGAUUGAGAGUUGGAACUAGAUUGGCACAGCCUAUACGCCUGAGUUGGUGAAUUUGUAGAACUUUCCUAAACAUGUGUUGUACAUUCAAUUCCGC